UCAGCAUAAUAUAUUAAAUGAUUCUACCCUAAAUUAUAAUAUGGUAUCAGCGUUCUCGAAUUCUGGGUGCUACCUUUGACUAAGCACACCAAAAGCCUAGACGAGAACCUCCAUUGCUACCACCAUCCGUUUCAGGUCAGCCUUCAUUGCUACCACCAUCUGUUUCAGGAUCUUGCCACGGGGAAGACAAUUUUAACUGCUAAGGAGCAAAGUGGGUUGUAUUUGUUGGAAUCUUAUGACCAAAGCAAAACACAAAUUAUGAGUCAACAAGUUACAUAUGAGACGUGGGCAAAUUCUCAUAUAUGGUUACGUCAUAAAAGGCUUGGACAUCCUUCAUUCAAUCUUAUCAAUUCCUUGUUUCCCCAUUUGGUUACCAAGGAGACUGUUGAGUCUUCUAAUUGUGAUAUUUUUCAGUUGUCAAAACACCAUUGUGCAUCCUAUCCUAUUAGUAAUAAAAAGAGUACUUCUCCAUUUGAUUAAAUUCACUCUGACGUUUGAGGAUCAGUCGUAGAAUCUAUUUCCAGAGCCAAAUGGCUUGUUACCUUUAUUAACGAUUGUACUCGUGUCAUAUGGACAUACCUUAUGAAAACUAAAUCAGAAGUUUUCUAAAUCUUUGUUAAUUUUUUCCAUCUUGUCCGAAAUCAAUUUGAAAAAUUUAUCAAAGGAAUCUGGUCUGAUAAUGGUUCUGAAUAUGUGAAUCAUGAAUUUUUCAAUUUUUUGUCUCAUAACAGUAUUGUUCAUGAACUGACAUGUGUAAACACCCCUCAACAAAAUGGGGUUGCAGAAAGAAAUAAUCGUCAUCUUCUUGAAGUAACUAGAGCUCUUCUUUUGCAAAUGUUUGUUCAAAAAAAUUACUGGGAAGAAGUUGUGUUAAGUGCCAUUAUCUCAUCAAUAGGUUACCCACCCAUAUCUUCAAUGGCAUUAAUCCUAUAGAGUCUCUUUGGAUGUAUUGUUUUUGUUCACUUUCAUCAUCGUAAACGUAGUUAAUUAGAUACGAGAGCUCUUAAAUGUGUUUUUAUUGGAUAUCCUUCUAAUAAAAAAAGGUACAAAUGUUAUCAUCCUCAGAGUCAUGGCGUCUUUAUCACCAUGGAUGUCACCUUUCGUGAAACACAAUCCUUUUAUAUUAGUCCACCACUUCAGGGGGAGAAAGCACUUGAAGUGGAUGAACUCUCCUUCUUGUUAUUACCAUAUUUACCUUUGUAGGAUGCCUAAGAUCUGAGUAAUGAAGCUACCAUAGUCCACAUUGGGAAAGAAGGGGAAGAAGACAAUUUUUUUGGCAAAAAAUAUGAAAGAAGAAAAAAACCCACUACGACUCUUGAGCAAGAAAAAUUGUCUAAUCCGGAGGUGAAGAUCCUGAAGAUAACAAUGAAGAGGAAGAUGAGAUGGUGCGAGCCAUUACUUCAUAUACUGUGGAAGCAAAUGUUGUUGAUACAUGGAUCAAGUUUCUAGAGAGCACAUGGGUCUUCCAAACUUCACUCACAAAGAGAAAGGAUGAGCAGGUCAAUGCUGAACUGGAGAGAUAUGGUUAUCAUUUUGUGAAUUUGGUGGUUCAUCUUCUGCAUUAUUACAAGGAAAAAUUGCAUUCGUCUGUUACUCAAAUAAGAAUACUUGUGGAGAGUUUAAGAUUCAGACCAGGGUUAGCAAUGUCAUCAAUGGCAAACAAUGUAGGUUUGAAAUUAGCAAAGCCAACGAAAAAGCUUGAAGAAGAAUACUUGGAUAUUGAAUCCAAGUUUUUGGCCAUUCUGAAUGUUGUCGACACAAUGAACAAGCAGUUUCACAUUCAAAAGGAAGGCAUUUUCAGAAAAGACAGCGACAAGGUGACACAACUGUUUGAUGAUAUUGAGAAAAUAAAAGAGGAGUUUGAAUCUAUUGAGAGGCCAAAACUGGAACUUGAGAUUCCAACUGAAAGGUCAGAAACACCAUCAAGUAUAAUAAUCUCCAGAACUCCUUCUCCUCCCUCGGCUAAAAAACACAAGCAAGAUGGAAUGAAACACUCUUUCUCAUUGCCUGGAAGAUCACAAAUAGAAAUAGAACUUGAUAAAUUAAGUGAAGAUGACUCAUCAGAAGAGAUAAGUGACUGGGAGUUUGAUGCUCUUGACAAUGAUCGUCACUCCAGGAGAUGAAUAUAAUAAUAUAAACCACUGAAGUUGUAAAAAGAAUGUAAUUGAAAAGGCAACAUUGUGCUGUGUCUUGGGAAGGCUAUGAUUUUGGCUUACCGCUACUCAGAUAACUGAGUAGUUCACUCAACAGAUGUAAAUGAAACAGCUUUGUAUCAUAUUCAUCGUUGAUGAAAUGUACAUAUAUAUAUAACAUAUGUAUUCAACCAUAUAACUUUCUUAGA